UUUAAACUUACAAGCACACAUAAUUUUUUUUAGUUAUACUAUAAAGCAAAGGAAAGUAUUCUUUGCUAUUAUGUAUAACUUGCACUAUUGUGCAUAAGUCUUUUCGAUCUAUUGUGAAUGUGUGAGGAAUACUGACAGCUUAGUAAUUUGCAUUAGAUUGCAGCAUUUGUUUGUUGAAAACUUCAGAGACGAAAGCAUCAAAAAAAAUUUUUUGUGUAUUGAAAACUGUUAAGAAAUGGAUUUCUUCGAGUCAGAUAUUAUAGAAUAUGCUCCAGAAAGCGAUACUGAGGAUUUUAACGAUUCAGUUGCGUGUUGUGAAGGAAACAUCAAAAACGCUGACGUGGACUUGACUGUGCAGCCACAAGUUUCGGAAUAUGAUGUGAAAGGCCAAUCUGAAAGCAGUCGUGAAGAUGCUUGGAUUAUACCUCUUGAAACUAAAUCUCUUGCUGAUAUAUGUUCAGAAAAUGUCAUGUCAGAUAUAACUUCACAUCAAUCUAAAAUCAGUCAUGAAAGCAUUUGGGUUAUACCUCACGAAACCGAGUCUUUUGCUAAUAUAUCUUCAGAAGGUGUCAUCUCAGAUAUAAGUUCAGAUCAAUCUAAAAGCAGUCGUGAAGGUGCUUGGAUUAUACCUCUUGAAACUAAAUCUCUUGCUGAUAUAUGUUCAGAAAAUGUCAUGUCAGAUAUAAGUUCACAUCAAUCUGAAAUCAGUCGUGAAGGUGUUUGGGUUAUACCUCACGAAACCGAGUCUUUUGCUGAUAUAUCUUCAGAAGGUGUCAUCUCAGAUAUAAGUUCAGAUCAAUCUAAAAUCAGUCGUGAAGGUGUUUGGGUUAUACCUCAUGAAACCGAGUCUUUUGGUGAUAUAUCUUCAGAAAGUAUCAUCUCAGAUAUAAGUUCAGAUCAAUCUAAAAUCAGUUGUGAAGGUGUUUGGGUUAUACCUCAUGAAACUAAAUCUUUUGCUGAUAUAUCUUCAGAAGGUGUCAUCUCAGAUAUAAGUUCAGAUCAAUCUAAAAUCAGUCGUGAAGGUGUUUGGGUUAUACCUCAUAAAACUAAAUCUCUUGCUGAUAUUUGUACAGAAGAUGUCAUGCCAGAUAUAAGUUCAGAACAAGUUUCGGGAGAUGGUGGUAUGUAUAAUGUUCAAUAUGUUCAAAAACUAGAAGGGUUAGAACAAACGCCGCUGGGCUUAUUCGUAAUGUCUGGGGAAGACCAAUCUAAAAGCAGUUGUGAAAAUGUGUGGUUUGUACCUCAUAAAAGUAAAUCGCUUUCUGAUUCAUGUUCAGAAGGAAGCACGUCAGAUAUAAGUUUUGAAUCAGUUGUCAACGAACGUGAACGCUCUACGUCAUCUUUAGAGGACUGUGGUGAAAAUAUAAAUAUAAAUGGUUUUGUUAAAAAUUCGGAUAAUAUUAAAUCCGAAAUAAAUGAUGCAAACUUAUCAAGUGAAAAUGAAUUGGAUAUCAGUAACAUUGUUCCAGCAGAGAAUGAAACUGAACAAUAUAUCGAUACACGUUCAGAAAGUAGCAAUUUAAUUUAUGAGGGCAUGCCGGGAACUAGCAAUUCCGUUUCGCUUUUAGAAGACUCUAGUGCUGAAAAAAAGAAAAGUGAUUUGAAAAAUAAUGCUUACGCAUCGAGUUGCGCAGAUAUAUCAUCCAUGAAAAUUACUAGUGUUGUUGAUCAGUCAGUUUCUAAUAAACGCAAACGCACAAUUUCACCAUCCUUAGACUUUGGAGCGAAAAAGUCUAAAACUAAUGGUAUAAAUGAUGGUACAAAAACAUUUUCAGGAUCUGUUUCAUCUUUGGAAGACUAUGAAAUAAUUGAUAUGAAAUCGUUGUGUGAGAAUAAUAUAAAUAGAAAUAUUAAUAAAAUAUCAAAUAUAAAAAAUUCAGCUAUAGAUGAUCGAAAAAAUGAAAUAAAUCAAAAUCUGGUUGCUUUGCAUCUUAAAACAAACUUCCUAAAAUACGAAUUAUCAAUAAUUGAUAAAAAAAUAGAAAAGUAUAAGGCAAUAAUAUCUAAGCAAUUAUAUUUAAAGCACGUUAAGGAGGACGUUAUGUACAAGAUUUUAAAUGAACCUCGUGAAUCUGAUUAGGGAGUCCAUCUAACAAUAUUAAUAGAACUAGAAGAAGUAGAAGAUACGAAGAGAAAAGAAAAUUUAAGUGGGUAUCCAUCAGUUAAAUAAAGAUAUCUGCUAUUAAAAAAUGAAUUUACACUUUUCAAUU